AUGGGCGUGAAUGGCCUUUGGGAGCUUCUGAAGCCCACUCGAGAGGAAACAUCCCUCAAGCUGCUCGCCUUGCGUGACAGAUUCGAAGGCCGUCCCGGCGAGCGGCUGUAUCGGCUUGGUAUUGACACAAGCAUCUGGUUCCAUCAACUUCAGGAACAGUUCGUGGCCAGGCACGCCAACUCAAGUGAAAACCUGGAGUUGCGCAGCCUGCUCCACCGCCUCGCAAGACUGCUCAAGCUACCCGUGCGCCCCCUUUUCGUCUUCGAUGGACCGGGCCGACCUGCACACAAAUGCUCCCGCAAGGUCGUCGGGAUGCACUGGAUGGUCGGAAACACACAGAAGCUCCUCGAUGCAUUUGGGUACGAGUGGCGCAUGGCCCCUGGUGAAGCUGAGGCUGAGCUGGCUAAGCUGAACCAGCUCGGCAUUGUCGACGCCAUUCUGACGGACGAUAGCGAUGCACUCAUUUUUGGCGCCCGCACCGUGAUCAGAAAUUACAAAGUGGACGCGGAGGAUGAGAAUGGCUUGCGUCGAUGCGGGCCUCAGACUGCCCUCGCAAUCAUGCGCUAUGGACUUGGCGAGUCGCUCUGUGAUGCUGCCAUGGUGCUCGGCAACAACAAGACCGAACUGUCCGCAUUCCUGUCUGGUUGGCGUGACAGGCUGCGGUCCAUCCUUAGCACUGAUCCCGACAAUCACCUUGGCCACCAUCACAUCGCACUGUCAAACUCAGUCCCUGACUUGUUCCCUGAUGUCGCUGUGCUCCGAGCAUACCUCAGCCCCUCAACAUCAGCAAAUAUCCCGCACCUCCCAGCUCAUCCCCUGCCUGUUGACCUGGCAAAGCUCAGCACCUUCUGCGAGCUGCACUUUGGCUGGAGAACAAAGUCGGGGAUCAUCAAGCAUGUCCGCGAGUGGCUGUGGCCUGGUAUGGCCCUCAAACUCCUUGUCGCUGAAGCAGUCGCCUAUGACCGGCGACACCAGAAACAGGGUGCACACUCCACUCUCGCAGCACCACCGUUGGAGGUCUGGCUGCAACCUGAUCACUCCACGGACCAGGAUAAUGUCCGUGUGAUAGCAAUCGACUGCAGUUCUGCUGACAUUGCCAUCUCCAACCUCUUUGGUGUACGACUGUCUCCUCACCCGUCGGGCACGCAACAACUGAACUACAGUGCGAGGCCUCUGAAGCUCUGGGUUCCUUCGACAAUAGUUCAUCAUGCGCGUGCCUGUUCCUGUGGCGUAGACCCAUCAACAUUCUCUGAUGUCAUCAACCUGACCACCAGUGAUGAUGAUGAUGAUGAUGUGGAGCAGCAGGAAGUCAUCUCUCUGAUAAUGGAUGACCCAGUUGUUAUUGAUCUCACCAUUGAUGAUAAUUGA